AUGAUUGCUACGUUAAAUGAUUUUCUAUAUUACCUUCUAAUUACAAAUUUUGACCCUCUGCGCGCAAAAUCUUUGAUUUCAAAACUAAAUCUUUUAAUUAUUAGAAUCAAAAAAUACAGUUAUAAUAAAUUACAAAAAGAGUGUAAACAAACCGUUAGAGAAACACAAACUAUCUACGGACUAGAAUAUAUUCCAUAUAAUCAAUUCUAUAACAUUAAAUUUCAUGCUAAAGGAGGGUCUAGUAGAAUAUAUAAAGCUACAUGGCAAAAAAAUGAAAUUCAAGUAGUCCUUAAAGAUAUUGAAGGUCCUAGAAAUAGUAAACGGUUUUUUUUAAAUGAGUUAAUGGUCUACGAUCAUUGCGGACAAAGAUUUUCAGAUUCAUGUUUCCAAGAGAUUUACGGUAUAACGCAACAUUCAGAGACCAAAAAAGAUUUUGUUGUCAUGAAUUUAGGUAUACUAAUAUGGGAAGUUAUGUGUGGUUAUAAACCAUUUUAUGAUAGAGAACAUGAUGUAAUCCUUAUUUUAGAUAUUAUGGAUGGCCUUCGUCCUAAUUUCAUAGAUGGUACCCCAAAAGAAAUUUUUGAACUAAUGAAGAGGUGCUGGGACGAUGAUCAUUUAAAACGUCCAUCAGCACUUGACGUUAUGAAUGAACUGAACACUAUUAUUAGAAAGUUAGAUGAAAACCAAAUAUCUUUUCCUAAAAAUUUUUCAUAUAUAAAAAUGACUAAUCCACGAGUUACACAUUCGAGUCAUUUAUCGAGUUCUUUCAUAAAUAGGUUUUUAAAAGCUUCUGAUACGUGUUUGCUACAAAAAAACGCAUUAAAUCAAUAA